AUGGCGGACAGCACAAUAAUACCGGCGAUGUCGCCGCCGGCCGGGAAGACAUCCAACUUCAUUGACCCCCCAUACAUUGGGACGAAAUUCCUCGUCGUCAAUUGCGUCUUUCUACCAAUCGCAGCUAUUGCGCUGCUGAUCCGGACAUGGACACGGUUGUUUAUCGUGCGCAGCUUUCGCUGGGAUGACUUGUUAAACUGGGGUCUGGGAAGACACAUGUGGGACGUCCCAGCCGAUUAUCUAUCACCAUGGUUUAUGAAACUAAACGUCAUUGCCGCCAUCCUUUACUGCGCCGGGACUGGUUUUACUAAAGUAUCCGUUCUUGUCUUCUAUAUGCGCAUCUUCCCUAGUCGCAAUUUCCACCGCGCCGUUUGGGCGAUCGUGUUCAUCGCAGCCGGAUACAGUGUGGCCAGCGUCUUGGCCAAUAUUCUCAGUUGUACUCCAGUUGAUAAAGCGUGGUAUCCUACCAAAGCUGGUACCUGUAUGAAUCGGCCGGUGUUCUAUUUCGCCAAUGCUGGAUUAGGAAUAUUUACAGAUUUCGCGACGGUGAUUGUACCCAUCCCCUGGUUACGUCGAUUGCAGAUGCCAACACGCCAGAAGAUCGCUGUUAGCUGUAUCUUAGCGAUGGGAUGCUUUGUUGGCGUCGUCAGUUGUAUCCGAUUAUCGACAUUAUAUACUCUUCUCAAAAGCCCCGAUCUCACCUGGAGCACGACAGACGCCCUGAUGUGGUGUACGAUCGAGUUAAACCUUGGAAUCACCGGUGGUUGCAUUACAGCUGUGCGCCCUUUCGUUCGUCGUUACUUUCCUCAUCUUCUGGGCCUAUCAUACGGGAAUGGUUACAAAUAUGACACGUCGUCUCGCAAGUACGGCCUUCCGCUGGGUUCCGUUCCUCGCGCCAACGUGCCUGAUUUUUCGAAUGCUCGCAGUAAUCAAUAUUCGACCCUCACGACGACGACAGUUAUGCCCGCGGCUGACAAUGGGAGCGAAGAACAUAUCUUACAAUAUCCAGAAAUACCUGCGAAGAGCGUCGAUGGCAUUGUCCGGACGGUUGAGUUCGACGUGGAGAACUCAAGUGUCCGGAGGUAA